GCUGUCAGUGAACUAUGUGAAAUGGCAGGGCUACAAAAUUAAUUUUGUGUUUUUUAUAAAUGUUUUGUUAUUUUCAAUAUUUUGAUAUGUUUUAAGAGUUACAACGAUCCCAGGAAAACGGUUUAAUCUAGUUAUAAAAUCUCCUGGCUAAGAUUUAUCAAUAAUAUCACAACAAAGCUUCAGGGGAAACAGCUACUGAAAUUAUUUGUUACACACAAACAUGAAUGAUACAAUUACCAAUAAGAAGUGGGCUAUGUACAUUUUCUCCCAGUCGGACUUUUUGCCUUCCUAAUGGUUCUAACUGAGAAUAAUUGUAAAAUGAGUUCGGAACAGCCCUUAAAGAAGAAAUUGCGCAGAGAAAAUGAACCCGAGAAUUCCGAUGAAACCGAUUUCAUCCAUAACCUAGCGGAUACGGUUCCGACAGACUUCCAGGCCCUCCAGCUGUCCCUGCCCCACAUUAACGAAGACGACAUCACUCGAAACGCCGUCAACUUGCAGCUCCACAGUGAAAGUGCUCUAUUUCGGACUAGUGAUAAGUUUGAUAGCAGUACGGACGAUUCGAAGGUAGAUCAAAAUGAUACCUCGUACAUUAGUAACACGGAAAAUAUCUCAAUUACCCCUGCUCCGGAUAUACCUUCUCCGUCCCAUUCUCCGAUAUCCGGGUCGAACGGGGUAGACGAAGCGAACGAGUUUGGGCUGGAUGACUUCCAGAACGUUCUGUUAAAACAGUGCCUUUGCGGGGUACCGGACGUAGUGCUGAGACUGUUCGAGAGCCAUGAGACCGGCGAUUGCACAGGUAGAACCGCGAUGCUAUCCGAAUGGUCGAAUAGGAAAGUAUUGCAAUUUUUAUCGAACCUUCAAAUUCUAUUCGAUGUGUAUCUGAAACAGAAUAACAAGGGGUUUAUUUGCUCGUCGAUUGUUAAUAUAUGCGAAUCUCUAAUCUGUAACGAAUAUAAUUUAAUAGAGCAAAUAAUAUCACUAUGCGAGACGAGGGAUAACUACAUUAAUUUCUUGGCGGCUAAAGUUUUGAGUAGUUUUUUAGUAAUAGCUAAAACGAAUAUCAACAACGAGUGGUUAGAGACUCUGGUAAACUUUUUUUCUUCCGAAAAUUACAAUUAUGUGAAAAUCCAAUUCGCUUUAGAGGUGAUAAAGAGGGUUGUAGAAUGGAAGGACAUCGAGUUGCACAUUUUAGAAGAGAGCGAUAACAAUUCCGAAUUAGCCGGACCGAGUUCCGAUGACAGGAUCAACGUAAAUUGCAUUACGAUACCUUUCACGGAUCCGGAGAGCUACGAUACGUCCGCGAUUAAAGGACUGAUCAUUAAAAGCCUCGAGGCGAAAUGGCCGGAGCUCAUUCACAUGGUUCAAACUCUAAUUUUGCAUAACACUUCGGUCCGAUCGCAAACGUGCAUACUCACAUUCCUAGCUCUAUGGGAGAGUACGAUAUCUGUCAAAGCCAAUCUAAGCGUCAUCGAUACCAAACCGUUCUACGCCCAUCUCGAAAUAUUCGUCGGAAUGUUAAACGGCCAGCUGCAGCCUCUCAUUUGGAAGCAAAUACUGUCGCUGUUCAACGAGGUGCUGUGCUACGGCAGCACCUUGGCAUUGCAGGAUAUGCUUCCGGAAGAUACGUGCCAAUUGGCGCAUUUGUUGGUUAGAUACGUUAAGGAUUACAGGCUUCUGGAUAGCCUGCCUUUUAGGAGGAACGAGGGUUUGGUCGUGAACAGUUUCGUGGGCACCAUCGCGAGCCUGCAGCCCGGCCAGAGCAGCAUCGACAAGACUCUAAUGCAGAAGAUGGUUUUGCUGGUAUUGAAAUCUGUAGCUGUGACAAUAAAGGAAACGCGAUCGGACAGUUCGGAUUCGAGCGUUGGAUCGGACGAAACCGAUUUUUAUCAGGACAUGCAGUUAAUAGAACGUUCGAUAAGAGACGUGCUGAGGAAAGUCGAUGUUUUCAUUAAAAACAGCUUGAAUUACCAUCCGGAAACGCCUUUUUCCAAAAUAUUAGUCCGGUUGUUCAGCGAUCAAGACGAUUACAUGAUCGAAGCUAUGGUUUGUACGUUAGAUAUAACAAUAGGGAUUUCGUACAGGAACGCGGUUUAUCCCGAUUUGAUAAACAUGCUGAAUCCCAUACACUCGUUUAUAGAGUUUUUGAAAAUCGUCAGGCAUCACCCGGACGUGCUCUUGGAUUAUUUAGUCAGUAACGAAACUUGCUUUUUGCUCUACCUGUUGAGGUUCCUGAAGUUCACGAAAAGGAACUGGUCGAAGUUUAUCAGCAGUUGCAGGGAAGGUAAUGAGUUGGAGGACACCAUGUCGGUUCUGAUCCACCUCAAGAUCCUGAUCAACAGACUGGUGGCCCGAGAUUUGUUCCCUUACAACAUAACUCCGAUUUUGAGAUUAUUAGAAACUUGUGAAAAUUUAUACGAAGGAAACGAAUUUAGUUGAUUAUUGAAAGGAAGGUCUGGAAGAGAAGCGACUACAGUACAAAAAUAUUAUUGCCUUAGAUAAUUACUAAUUUAAUAUUUAUAAUUUAUUUAUGUAGAAUUAUUUCGCGUGGUAGUUCAUCCUUCGGUAAAUUAUUAAUUUAAGUAAAUUCCUGCGGAAGAAACGUAACGAUUUUCUAACGAUUUAGUAUUUAAGUUUGAAGCAAUAGUUGUGCAUUUCUAGUAACAUAAAAGUUACCUAAAAUAAAUUUUAUUUUAUGUACAAAUUAUUCUCAAUCACCCAAUUUCUAGUAGCUUGAAAAUACCCAAAUAGUAUUUAUAUUGUCCGUUUUUAAAUAAAAUAUUGGGAUUUAUUUUUAGUUUCCAAUUAGGUUUGGUGUGGUUACUAGAAAUUAUAAAAUAGAACAAAGUCUUCCUGCAUAUUCAAAUUGGCCUUUGAUAUAAGAACUGAUUUGUUAGUAUAAAUUUAAUUUCGAUUACUGAUUAAUUUAAUAUAGAUUAUUUUGUAAUAUAUAGUUAUAAGGAGAAGUUCGGUUAAUUUUUAAUGUGGCAAAAUGCUCUUUGAGAUUCUAGAAAUUCUUAUAUAACUAUUAUAAUGUACAGGUUUCGUAAGGAUGUUUUAAGACUUUAUCAUUUUAGCGUAAAUUAUUUAUUAACACAUUUCGAUGGCAUCUGAAAUUAAUUUAUUUUUCAUCCAUUAAUCUAUUAUAUGGAAUAAUAAUAAGAUAUUUAUAUAUUUGAAUGUAUUUACCUAUAUGUAAAUAUGUAUUAUUUU